AUGUGGAUAUUGCUGCUGCCGUGUCUCUUAUUGUUAUUGAUACUAGCGAUUGUUCUUCCUAUUGUACUCGUGGCACAACAAUCAUCACCGAAUGCAUCAGCAUCAACGUCCGAAACCACAGUCAUCACUGCGUCUCUUACUUUCGUAUCAACUUCAACACAAGCAACAACGAAAACUACAGUGAAUUGUGUGUAUCCAUUUGAACCAACACCUUCUGGACAAUGCGUAAAUAUUUUGAUUGACUUUAACAACUGUGGUUCAGUUGGUUAUGUAUGUCCAACUAAUUAUACAAGUUGUUCUGCUGGCGAGUGCAGUUCUGCUCCUAGUAUGGUGCUAACGAAUGCAAUACCUAUUUUUACUGCUGCAUUGAAUGGAUCUAUCGAUGAUAUAUAUUAUAACGUAACUCUUCCAUUGAAUAUUACCCUUUACAAUACAACAACAAAUUUUGUUCAAGUGUCAACAAAUGGUGUUCUCUGUCUCGAUAACUGCUCAACAAUAUACACUGAAACGACUCUCCCUAGUUCUAAUUUUUCUGGUGCAACAGCUUUUCCAUAUUGGGAUGAUCUCUAUGUGUAUGCAAAUACAUCGCAAGGAAUAUAUUACGAAGUCCAAGGCAACACGCCCAAUCGUACGGUUAUUUUUGAAUACUACUGCAGUCAUUACCGGAAACCCGAAGAAUAUUAUCAUUUUCAAGUUGUAUUCUUUGAACAAAAGCCUGGUGUUGUUAAAUACAUUUACUAUGAUGUAAGUGACCGAGGUAUUAGCUGCACCAUUGGUAUACAAGCUUCUUGUACUGGUCCAUUUAUGCAACAUGCUUUUCAUCAAAUGAACUCUGCAGUACCAAACAUGACAUUAACUUAUGAUACCAAUAAGGGAGCGUUUGAUCUUUCAAGUAUUAGCUAG